AUGUCCGAGAGCCCAACCGCCAUCGUGAUGCCCCCGCCGUACAUGGAUCCGGCAAACGCGCAGGUCAAGAAGCAGAACCAGCGGUUCCGGCAAGAGUCGAUGCGGAAGAUGAAGGUCUGCGAGCACUGCGGAGCGCUGCCCCAUUCACAAAUCAGAAAUCUGCCCAGUGAGCAAGGUAAGUUACGUUCGCCGCUUGAUGAAAUGACUUCAAAUAUUUCAGUGUUCGUCUGGCCGGCCGCCCGCCCCGAAAACUCUAUCCAUCAGGAUUCGCGCCAGUUCAUCGGCUACGUGAUCGUGAUUGCUCUCGUCAUUUUCGGCCUUUUCGCCGCUUGCAAGUAUCUCCCCUGA